AGCUGCCGCCCCUCCUGCCGCCGGAGCGCCGCGGGCGGAGACAAAGAGGCCUCGGUCCCCGCGCCCCCCGCGCUCCCCCCUCCAAGGCUCCCCCGAGGCUCCCAGGGCAAUGGCCCGGGCUCCCCGCGACCCCCCUCCGGGGAGCUCGGCCGGCUCCCUCUGAGCCCCCCUCCCCGCCGCGACCCGGGCUCUCCCCUCGCUCCCCGCCCUGUCUGCGGUCCGUCCGUCCGUCCGUCCGUGCGUCCUGGCGCGCACCCUCCGGCCACCGGCGUGGAUGGACGCGCGGAGGCUGCCCGGGUGCCCAGGGAUCUUGCUUCCGAAGCUGGUCCUGCUCUUUGUCUGCGCAGAGGAUUGCCUUGCUCAGUGUGGCAAAGACUGCAGAUCUUACUGCUGUGAUGGGACCACUCCCUACUGUUGCUCCUACUACGCUUAUAUUGGGAAUAUCCUCUCAGGCACAGCAAUUGCUGGCAUAGUGUUUGGAAUUGUCUUCAUCAUGGGAGUCAUUGCUGGAAUUGCCAUAUGUAUCUGCAUGUGUAUGAAAAACAACCGUGGGACCCGGGUGGGUGUCAUAAGGACCACCCACAUCAAUGCCAUCUCUUCCUAUCCUGUGGCACCACCCCCCUAUAGUUAUGACCAUGAGAUGGAAUACUGUGCCGACUUGCCACCUCCCUACUCCCCGACCCCACAGGCUUCAGCACAGCGUUCUCCACCCCCUCCUUACCCUGGAAAUUUGAGGAAACAGUCCUUCUCCCAGAACAGAAUAUGUGCCGAUCAGAGAUCUUGCAUGGAAUAAAAAGCCUCUACCCAGAAACAAGAGAGAAUUGCUGUAAGGAAUACUUUUUUGUGGUCAAACAAUAUGUCAAAUUAAAUAUCCAGGCUGAGAUACUGAUACUUCUCUGAGCUGACCCCAUCUGGAGUACUGAUCAAUGCAAGAAUAUGCAGAAAAGAGUAACGAGAUAGACAAAACAUCUGAAACUCAUAUUGCUUAAGGAAAUUGCAAUUGCAAUACUGAUCCAGGAAAAGAGAAGAAUGAUGUAAGAGAAGAGAACAGCCUGGACUGCAUAAGGAAACAACUAUAUUCUGUGUAGCUUUAAAAGUCAGAACUAGAAUCAUCCAUUUUUUGUUAAUCAAUAAAUACUGUUCAAGUACACGAGAGCCUACUCUGUGCCUUUCACUGUUUGAAGCACUGGAUGGAAGCUACAGGAACUUUGAUUUCUGGUUAAGAACAAGGAACUUUGGUUUCAGGAUAAGAAAGAGGAGUUGGAGCUUCCUUAUUGCUAGAUUGUUUUGUGAAGUUCCCUAUUACUAAGACUUCAAACAGAAUCUAUUUGGUAGAGAAAUGUUCUAGAAAGGACAGCUAAAUCAAAUGGUAGAUGGGUCCCAAACAUUCUACUCAUGGUUUAGGUAAGCGUGAAGUAAAUUUCUAUGCCUCCAAUAAUGAAAACAACUAGAAUAGUUGAAUCUUUUCUAUUUAAUUUGACAGUUAAAACAGGACCAGAGGGAUUCAACAGCUGCCUGAAGCCAAGAACUCUUUAGUGCUAGCUACUGCUACCUAAAAAUCAUCUGACUUUAAUUAGUGUUUUAUUAUAACAAAGGUUAUUCCAACUGUGGGAAAAAAUUGUUUUAAAUUCCACAAGCAACAAAUACUUCUUUUCAGAUCAAAAGAUUAGAAGCCAAAUAGUUCGAAGGGAUUUUACAUCAGGGAGUAAAACUGUAGAACUUGUCCAUGAAGAUAUAUAAUAGUUUAUGCAAAAAAGGAAAAAUGAAAUUUGGAUUCUGGUCUGUGGAAUUCCAUUCAUAUAUGGUCUAGACAAAUUUGUUUCUCUUCUGUAAUAUUUUGGAAAUCUAUUCCCUUGUAAAAGUUAUAUAGUUAAUAGGUUAAGAUAUUGACAUCAAACUGUUGCCUUUUGCCAAAACCCAAAUGUUACCAAGUGCCUACCUUCAAGUAUAAAACUUUUUACUAAAUAAUUCUAAUGUGCCGUAUUUUGCUGCAAGUGACCUUAACAUUUAUAUUUUUAUGUGGGUCCUUUUGUGUAUUUAAAAUUUACAUUGACAAAAUAUUGGGGGAAAGUGAUGUUACUAAGAUGGUGACAUACAUCAUGCCCUAAUUUGCUCCCCCUCACAAGAACAACCAACAAUUAUCCAAAAACAAGACACCACAGAGAGAAUCCUAGAACACAGGAAUGAGGCUGAAGCACCCCCUUACUGCACUUCAGAGACCAAGAUAGACUGCAUUAGAGAGGUAAAAGAAGUGGCUACAUGUUGACUGUAUUGCUCCUCCCCCAGGACAGUAUAGCACCAUAGGGAGAGGUGUUUCCUAAGCUUCCAGUUCUUCCAGUGGAAAAGAGAACCCAACAGGGAGCAAUCAGGCACUGGCCCCCCAGCAUUGUGGGUCACUCUGUGGGCAUCCAUACCCUCAUCACAUACCGCUGGAAUUGUAGGGCUCAGCCAACAGAAAUAUAACUGUGACAGAGAAUGAGGAAGGGGCUUGCAACAACUAGCACAUGUUUGUUGGCAGACCAGGUUCAUAUUGGCAGUGUCUAAAAGUAAUUAGACUUAUUUACCCAGUGGCCUUACUCAUCUGCUGAACCAAACUGGGAAGAGUGAACUUGGAAGAGGUGCAUAUCUGCUUGAUUCAGAUCCUCAAACAAAAAUUUUGCCAGCCCCACAGCCCUGCUUGCUCGUACCCAGGCAGGGCACUGAGUAACAGCCCCAUCUACCGUGGAGAGUGCCUUCAGCCCCAUCUGAGCAGAAGGGCUAGAGACAACUCCUAAAAGCUCCAUGGCCUAGUGGCACUUGAGCUGAGAGAAGGGAGAGCCAGUAGUUUGCAAAGUCAGUGGCCUCAUUUGGCCAGGGCUCAUAAGGCAUGGGUCUGCUUGAGUUAAGACAACAAAGAGCUUUACCAUUUUUAGAGCUGCUUCUCCUGUUGCACACAGGCGGGGAAACUAAUGUAUGGCCUUGCUCAUUCCUGAAUAUAGCAUUCAGCUAUCUGACCAGGGAACUUAACCAGAACACACAGGAACUGCAUAGUCCCUCUAACAGCCCUACUUACAGUGACACUUGAACAGAGAGCACAGCCCAUGGCUUCCUCCAUCUGUAGAGCAUCACCUGACCAGAGAAUUCAUUGGACACUCAGGCCUGAUUUGGAACCCCCAAAUAAUGAUCUUUAAUGGGCUCUGAACAUUGGCUGCUGUCCUGCCAGAGCAGAGAAGCAGGAAACAUAGCUCCAUCUACUACUGAAUAUAGACCCAGUCCCAAUCAUCUAAUAAGUCUUAGAAGAGAAUAAGUCAACUGAGGACCCGAUCCUACAGCCUCAUUUGGAUAGGGAACCAAGCCAGCAGUCAUAUCCAAUUAUUUUCAGCCAGUGGCACAACACUCCAUCCUUGUCCUCAGGACUUGAAUAGUUGCCUUGCCCAAAGCAGUCCAUAAUAGUAGGCCCAACCUGCCCAAAGACAUUACCAACAGACACACCCAGGAAAACAAAAUGAUCCAACCAGUGAAGUUACCUCUGCCAAAGCAAAACUGUAAAGUCUGGAAGUAAAGAUUAAUUACUCAAAUGCUCAGAUACCUAUGCAAGAAAUCAAGGAUCAUGGAAAAUCAGGAAAUAUGAAUGAACCACCAAAAGAAACUAAAAGGCUCCAACAACUGACCUUAAAGAAAUGGAAAUUUAUAAACUAUCAGACAAAGAAUUCAGAAUAAUUCCCUUAAAGAGGUUUAGUGAACUUUGAGAGAACAGAGACAAACAACGAAACAAAAUUAGGAAAACAAUGCAUGAACAGAAAGAGACAUCUGACUAGGAAAUAGCAACCAUCAAAAAGAAAAAAAACAAAAAUCCCAGAGUUGAAAAAUACAAUAAAUGAACUGAAAAAUUCAGUAGAGAGUUUCAAAAGUAGAUUCAAACAUGCAGAAAAAAAAUCAGCAGCCUAAAGGGUAGGACAUUGGAAAUUAUCCAGUCAAAAAAGAAAAAAUUAAAAACAGUAAAGAAAGCCUAUGGAAAUUAUAUGACAAUGAAAAGAAAUAACAUCUGCAUCAUAGGAAUUCCAGAAGGAGGAAAAGGACAGAAAAUCUAUUUAAAAGAAUAAUGGCUGAAAACUUCUUGAACCUGGUGAGAGAGAUGGAUAUCUAGAUCCAUGAGGUCCAAAGGACCCAAACAGGCUGAACCUUAGAGGGCUACACUGAAACACAUUAUAAUUAUAUUGUCAAGACUCAAAGACAAAAUAUUUUUAAUAGCACCAAGAGAAAAGAGAGAACUUACAUACAAGGAACCCCUUAUAAGACUAUUGGAUUUCUCAACAGAAACUCUUCAGGCCAGGAGAAAAUGGGAUGACAUAGUCAAAAUAUUGAAAGAAAACUGUCAACCAAAAUUCUAUAGCUAGCAAAGCUGUCUGUCAGAAAUGAAGGAAGGCUAAAGACUGUCCUGAACAAACAAAAGCUAAGGAGGUUAAUUACAACCAGACCUGCCUUACAAGAAAUUCCAAAGGGAGUUCUUUAACUACCUUUAUAAAUAAUAUUACAAAAACACAGAAAGGUAACACGAAUCUCACUGGCAAUAGCAUAUAUGUAGUCAUAAUGGGAUUCUGCAAUAUGGUAAUAGUGAUAUAUCACUCACUUACAACUCUAGUUUAAAAUUCUCUUAAGAGGAAUGUAGCAAGAAGAACCAUAAAUACAAUAAUCUGUUAUUAGUUACGCCAUAUAAAAAAUAUAAGUUGUAACAGCAAUAAUCUAAAAUGUGAGGGGCAGAAGUAAAAGUGUAAAGUAUAAAAAUUCUAUUUAAGUUAUUAAUAUGUUUAAAAUAGAGUGUUAUAAGUUUAAGAUAUGUUGUGCACAUCUCAUGGUAACCACAAGGGAAGAUCUUCUAGUAAUCACACAAAAGAACACAAUAAAUAAAUCCAAGAAUACUGACACCAAAAAGAUCAAAACAAUAAAAGACAGUGGGAUAUGAUCAAGGAAUGAUGGCUCUACAAAAGAAUGAGAAAAAAAUUAACAAAAUGGCAAUAGUAAGCCCUUACCUACAGACAAUUAUGUUAAAUGUAAAUGCACUAAAUUCUUCAGUCAAAAGACAUAGAAUGGCUGAGUGGAUUUAAAAAAACAAGAUCCAACAAUAUCAGCCUAAAAGAGGUUCACUUUAGCCCUAAAGACACUGAGAGACUGAGAGUGAACAUGAACAGACAGGAAAAAGACUUUUCAAGCAAAUGCUGACCAGAAAAAAAAAAAAAAAAAAAAAAAAAAAAAGCAAGGAUAGCUAUACUUAUAUCAGACAAAAUAGAAUUUAAACUAAAAUUAGUAAAAAAGAGUCAAAGGUCAUUAUGGGAUGAUAAAAGUGUGAAUACAUCAAUAAGAUAUAACAAUUAUAAAUAUUUAAGUGCCCAAGAGAGGACUUAAAUAUAUAAAGCAAAAACUAACAGAGUUAAAAGAAAAAAUAAGCAGUAUUAUAAUAAUAGUUGAGGACUUUAACACCCCACUCUCAAAAAUAGAUCAUCCAGACAGAGAAUCAAUAAGGAAACAGUGAAUUUGAACAACACUAUAGACCAAAUGGACCUAACAGUUGUAUACAGAACAUUCUACUCAACAACAGCAGAAUACAUAUUCUUCCCAAGGGUACAUGAAACAUUUUCCAGGAUAGACCAUACGUUAGGACACAAAAUUAGUCUUAGCAAAUUUAGGAAGACUGAACUCCUACCAAGUGUCUUCUCUGAUCACAGUAGUGUGACACUAGAAAUAAGUAAUGAGGAAAACUGGAAAAUACACAAAUAUAUAACAACUAACACUGUCCUCAACAACCAGUGGAUCAAAUAAGAAAUUAAAGUUUAAAAAGUUUAUUGAGACAAAUUAAAAAUGGAAAUACAACACAUCAGAACUCAUGGGAAGUAGCAAAAGCAGUUGUAAGAGAGAAGCUCAUAGUAAUAAAUAUCUACAUUAAGAAGCAAGAAAGAUCCCAAAUACGCUACGUAACUCUAGGCCUUAAGGAACUAGGAAAAGAAGAACAAAUUGGGCCCAAAGUUAGCAAAAGAAAGAAAAUAAGAUUAGAGCAGAAAUAGAAAACAUAAAAAUAAUAGAAAAGAUAAACCAAACUAAGAGUUUGGAAAGAUAAAAUUGGUUGUCGUUGGAAAGAUAAAAUUGACAAAAUCAAUUUUGUCAGACCAACCAAGAAAAAAAAAAGACCCAAAUCUACACAAUUACAAAUAUAAAAUGAGACAUUACAGAUGAUACUUCAGAAAUUCAAAGGAUCAUAAGAGAUUCUGCUGGUGAGGAUAUAAAUCGGUGCAGCUACUAUGGAAAAUAGUAUGGAGGAAAUCUUUAAAAAAUUAAAAAUAGAACUAUCAAAUGAUCUAGCAAUUCCACUUCUGAGAAUAUGUCCAAAGAACAUGGAAAUACUACCUCAAAAAGAUAUCUUGUACCCCCAUAUUCAUAGCAGCAUUAUUUCCUCUAAGAGCCAAGACAUGGAAACAAACCAAGUGUCCAUCAAUGGAUGAAUGGAUAAGGAAGAUGUGUGUGUGUGUGUGUGUGUGUGUGUAUGUUUACACAAUGAAAUGUAAUUCAGCUAUUAAAAAUGAGGAACACCUUGGAACACCAAGGAUGGACCUUAAAAGUGAUAUGCUAAGCAAAAUAAAUCAGACAAAAAAAAAAAAAAAAGACCAUAUCCUCUAUGAUCUCACUUGCACGUGUGGAAUCUUAAAAGGAAACAACAACUCAUAGAUAAAGAGAUCAAACUUGUGGUUACCAGAGAUGGUGGGUGGGAGGAAGGGUGAAUUAGAAGAAGGUGAUCAAAAGUUAUAAACUUCCAAUUGUAAGAUAAAUAUGCAUUAGGGAGGUAACAUACAACAUAAUGACUAGAGCUAACAUUGCUGUACGGUAUAUAAGAAAGGUGUUAAGAGAGUAAAUCCUAAGAGUUCUCAUCAUAAGAACAUUUUUUUUCUUAUAUCUUCUUUACUUUCAUUUUAUUGUAUCUAUAUGAGAAGGUGGAUGUUAUCUAAUCUACAAUGAUAAUCAUUUUACAACAUAUGUAAAGCAAACCAUCAUGCUGUAUGCCUUAAACUUAUACAGUGAUGCAUGUCAGUUAUUUCUCAAUAAAACUGAACAAUAAAUAAAUAAAUAAAUAAAUAAAUAAAUAAAUAAAUCUGAACAACAACAAAACUGUAUCACUUUUAUUCACCAGAAGUACACCAUGAUGAACACAACUUGCUAGUAGCUGGUUAGAAAGAUCUUUAUUACAAGUCUGCUUAAAUACACUGCACUGCAUGCAUAAAAGAAUACUGGGAAGAGAUGUUCAAAUUUUUAUAUCACUUUGCAGUUAAAUCUAAAAUGUUUAAUCUAACAUCAUCAUCAUAAUUCAGUGAAGUCCCAAAAUGAUUCUAAGAAUUUUGCUGAAUAAAAUAAUCAAAAGAAGUAUCUGAAGGUAUAAAAUUAUAGUUCCUGUCCUUGUAGUUAGGAAACUUAGUAGUUCAUAGAAGUAUCAUAUUUUCUUUCAGAUACAUUGAUCUGACUGAAAUGAAGUCUAGCUGAUCAGAUCUAAAAGCUAGAUUUGUUUUGAAUGACUUACUUGAUUUGUAGGCACUGAUGAUUUUCUGACUUAAAAGGACACAAAGCACUCAAGAGUUCCAGCCUAUUCUAAGGACUGGAAUUUUAGCACAGUUUUAACAGUACAUAUGUUUUCUCUCUCUUCUGCAAGUGUGACCAGAUCCAAUUACACAGCAGCUCUGCAACUCAAAGUGUGGGGGUCUCUGAGACAUUUACAAUGUUGGUUGCAAAUGAGCCAUAAAUUCCUUAAGAAAAAUGGAGAGGAAAAGACCAGAUUGCAAAUUGAAUUCUCAUCAUCUUUGCCAUCGAUAAACAUUUAUUGUGUACCUCCUAUGUUCUGCAAACAUUACCCGCAUAGGAGCCAUCUGAAUCCACGAAUCUACCUCAUCCCCCCUUUGGGUUGUUUUAUGGCUACCCUUAAGGCACAGCACAGACCCAAAGACCUACACUGAUGACUAUUUUUACUGUUUGUAUUUAGUGUCACAAUAGGAUAAAUGUGCACAUUAUCCAUAUAGACUUUUGGAGUUACUGGUAUUUUCAUAGACGAUACAUCUUGAAGGAAAAUAGUAUAUAAUGUGAAGGUUUUGAAUUAUGGUUAUUUAGAAACUAAUGU